AUGAGUGCAAGCGGGUAUUUGGUAGCGGGGUUGCUGGAGAAGAUGGAUUCUUUAGAUACAGAUUUUCGGUAUAUGGCCACCAAUGAUUUAAUGAAUGAACUUCAGAAAGAUGUUUUCACUUUGGAGGAACCAACUGAAAAGAAAGUUGUCAAUAAAAUAUUGGAAUUAAUGAAUGAUCCCAAUGGAGAAGUGCAGAAUCUGGCGGUAAAAUGCCUUGGUCCAUUGGUGAAAAAAGUUCGUGAACCACAACUUCAGGAUAUUAUCGAUAAACUUUGUGAUUAUACUUCAGAGGGAAAGGAUGAAUUACGAGAUAUUGCAGGGAUUGGAUUGAAAACUGUAAUCGUUGAAAUUCCCAGUAAUUCCCCUGUUGCUAAUAAUGUUUUGCAAAGAUUGAUUCCUAGGCUGUUAAGUUCGCUUGAAACUAAAUCUGCAACCUAUGAAGUACAAAUGGAUACUUUGGAUAGCUUGAGUGAAAUCUUGGCACGAUUCGGAACAUUAGUCGCAAAUAAUCCAGAUACUCAAAAGAGAAUUCAAGAUGUAUUAGUGCCGCUCCUUAGCCAUCCUCGACCUGCAUUUAGAAAGAGGACUACUGUUGCUCUAGGCAAUCUUGUCGCACAUACACAAGAUGAACUCUUUAAUGAUUUAGUCAAGAAGCUAUUAACAGAAUUUAACAAAUCAAGUAAUCAGCAUGAUAAACUAAAAACGCUAAUUCAAUGUGUUGGUACUUUAAGCCGUUCAAGUGCCCCGAGAUUGGGAAAGUAUUUGCCGCAAUUUUUGCCACUUGUAAUUAACAAUGUUCAUGUGAAUGAUGACGAAUUAAGAGAGAACUGUUUACAACAUAGUCUUUUUAAUAUUUUAAUCGGUGAAUCUAGGGAUUAUUCUGACGAUGAUGAUAUUUCCUGGAAAGUAAGACGCUCUUCCUCAAAAUUACUCGCCGCCAUUAUUGGAACGCGUCAUGAACUGCUUUCACAAUUGUAUCAAGAUGUGGCACCUGCGUUAGUGAAUCGCUUCAAAGAACGAGAAGAAUCAGUCCGCGUGGAUAUUUUCCAAACAUUUAUAGUUUUAUUGAGGCAAACUUUAGUAUAUGGUGGCGAAAACUAUACUUCAAGAAAUACCAAUGACGCGAAAAAAAUAAAAGUUAAUGCCGAACUAGAAUCUGGUACCAGUCCAAAGCAGCUUCUUCGUGGUUUGAUUUCUAAAUUAAGUCGCAAUUUAUCGAAGCAAUUACUCUCAAAAUCUAUUUCCACAAAACAAACUGGUUUCUCUCUUCUCCGUGAAUUGGUGACCGUUCUAAACGGUGGAUUAGAGAAUCAUAUACAAUCUUUUAUUCCGGCAAUAGAAAACUCAUUAUCAGUUAAUUCUGAUUCUGGUCAUCAUCAUUCUGGCACUAAUUCUAACUUAAAAAUUGAAACUCUUACCUUUUUACGUCAAUUCUUUAAAGUCCAUCAGCCACACGUUUUUCAUAAGCACCUCUCUCGUCUAUGUCCACCUAUUAUCAAUUCUGUGAACGAUAAAUUUUAUAAAAUCACAUCCGAAGCUUUCUUAGUAUGCAUCGAGUUGAUCAAAGUUAUACGCCCAAUCGAAUAUUCCGCUGCCACAAAGACUUAUAAUUAUCAGCCUUUGGAUCCAAUACUCCAGAAAUAUAUUUUAGAAAUUUAUAGUGUUACAAUAUCACGUCUUAAGACUUUGGAUGUGGAUCAAGAAGUCAAAGAGCGUUCGAUUCUAUGUCUUGGAGUUUUGUUGUCACAGACAGGAGAUAGUUUGAAGCCUCAACUCCCUCAAUGCAUGCCAUUACUAUUGGAGCGUCUAAGAAAUGAGGUGACGCGUCUCACCACCGUUAAGACUUUUACUAGUAUAGCUGAUAGUCCUGUCUGUGUAGAUCCUCAGGUGACAAAAACUGUAUUAAAAGCGGUAGAUGAAGUGGCGCUUUUAUUAAGAAAAAGUCAAAGGCAAUUAAAAGUUGCUAGUUUGAUUUGUCUAGAAGUGUUUAUUAGAAGAUAUGGAAGUCAAUUCAAUCAGCAAACAUACAUCAGAUUAUAUUCAGAAUUGACACCUCAUAUUUCAGAUCAAGACUUACACCUUUUACCAUUAGCAUUGAACAAUGUCGUUGCUAUUCUUAUUGCUAAUCCAGACAACAUAAUAGCUGUCAACAGAGAUGUCGUCCCCACUGUCUUUGAUCUUGUCCAAUCAUCAAUAGUACAAGGCGCGGCUUUGGACAGUCUAAUUUCGUUAUUUGUUACUUUAAUCAAAACAAAAGAAUCUGAAUUCAUUAAAUUAUUAAGCGGAUUGAUGAAACCCGCUAUAGCUUUAGAGCCAAAUUUCUUGACUUUAUCAAAACAGUCAUAUUCUACAAUAGCACAAUGUAUUGCGGCACUUUGUCUGAGUUCUCCAAGGAAUCUAGGUCUAACUGCUGCCGAGUUUACUCGAAAAAUCGAGGAUCAAUCCAAUGAUUCAAUUAAAUAUUUAUCCUUGUUAACAUUGGGUGAAAUUGGUCGUAAAGUCGAUUUAGCUAAUCAAGGAGAUAAACUACAUAAAACUAUAUUGUCGCUAUUUUCUGCUCCUUCUGAAGAAGUAAAAUCAGCAGCAGCAUUCGCACUUGGUAAUGUCGCGGUUGGAAAUGUUAACAAAUAUUUGCCGAUAGUGAUCCAAGAAAUAAUCCGUUCCGAUCCAAAGAAACGAUAUUUAUUAUUACAUGCCCUUAAAGAGAUCAUUACACGAUAUUCUAACGAUGCGGGUGUCAAAACUUUGGGACCAUUUGCUGACGAAACUUGGAAUAUAUUAUUCGACAGCGGUGAAGUUGUAGAAGAGGGUACACGUAACGUUGUUGCUGAAUGUAAACGACUUCGUCACUCAUCCGCUCAAACUCGUGGCACAGUCGUGACUGCAAUCAAAUACACUUUUACAAAUCAAGGUCAGCAAUACGACGAAUUACUGCGGCCGCUAAUAGUAGAUUUCUUAUCAUUGAUCAAGGAUAAUGACUUGAAUGUACGCAGACUCUCAUUGUCGACUCUGAAUUCUGCUGCUCAUAGUAAACCAUAUUUAAUUCGUGACGUCUUGGAUCAAUUGCUCCCACUGUUAUACGAGGAAACUGUUAUAAAAGAACAUCUUAUUCACAUGGUAGAAAUGGGUCCAUUUAAACAUAAAGUUGAUGAUGGAUUGGAUCUUCGAAAAUCUGCUUUUGAAUGCAUGUCCACUUUACUCGAUACAUGUCGUGAUAAACUGGAUAUUUUCCGUUUCUUGGAUCGAGUCCUUGCUGGAUUGACUGAUGUUCAUGACAUAGCGAUGCUUUCACAUACAAUGCUGAUUCGACUGACAGAAGUUGCUCCAACUGCUGUAAUGCAAAAAAUGGAUGAAGCUGUGGAACCACUCAAAGCUACUCUAGCGUAUAAACUUAAAGAAAAUGCGAUUAAAUCCGAAAUUGAAAAACAACAAGAGUUGGUUCGAUCCGCUUUACGAGUAACAGCUAUAUGGGCUCCUUUAUCUGAACAAGGAUCUACACCAAAAUUUGAUUCAUGGCUCCGUGAAAUCAAAUCUGGCACGCAUGCUGACACUUACCGAGCCGUCGAAGCUGAAGUGGAAAAUAAAGAUUAUUCAUAUGGUCAUGGUGGUGAUGCUUCAAUGGACCUAUCAUAG